GGGGCGGUGCGACCGGUUUAAAAAUAGCUGCUAAGUGUUUUCUGUAAGCCUCCUCUAAGCGGCAAGCAGGAAGGCUCUCCACCUCACCGACUAUGGCGCCCCAGCAGUGGGCUCAAUUCUCUCUGAGGGUGGCAGCAGCAGCGGCCGCGAGAUAAACGCGCCGCCUCCUCCCUCCUCUUUUGAACGCACCAGGAAGGACGUUUGCAUGUCGCAGACAUUCGCUGACAUUGCGCACUCUUGACGGAACCGAGAGCCAAGCGCUGCCGCCGCCGCCGCCGCCGCUGUUGUUUUCGCAAACAACCCUGGCACGCAAGAAAAGCACCGUCAGGAAGGUUUCUUACGCUAUCCCGUUGGCGCAACUGUUCAUUAGCGUGGUGUUUUGCUAGUUAGCACGGGACUGGUUUACGGUGCCAACAUUCGUUGACUGGGUGCACAAGGACCAUGGAUAAGCAGCAUCAGCCAGCCUGAAGUAAAACCACAACAACCCACCCGUCUCACUCAUUUGGCUGGACGCUUGAAAAAAAAUCCAAUCUAGGAGAUCAUCUUCACGUCCCUUUCUCCUCCUCCUGAGGUUCCGCCAUCAAGACGGCGUCAUCGCAGGGAGCCAGCACUGUGGCGGCGAAAAUGACCGCAGCACGGUACCGUCCCACGUGGGAGCUGGCCAUGGACCCCCUUGUCUCAUGUAAGCUGUGCCUUGGAGAGUUCCCCCUGGAGCAGAUGACCACCAUCACACAGUGCCAAUGUGUCUUCUGUACACUGUGCCUGAAGCAGUAUGUGGAACUCUUGAUUAAAGAAGGCCUUGAAACUGCAAUUAGUUGUCCAGACUCUGCCUGCCCAAAAAGAGGGCACUUGCAGGAAAAUGAGAUUGAGUGCAUGGUGGCCACAGAGAUGAUGCAGAGAUACAAGAAGCUUCAGUUCGAAAGAGAGGUGCUGUUGGACCCUUGCCGGACGUGGUGCCCUUCCUCGACAUGCCAGGCCGUGUGCCAACUGAAGGAGGCUGAUUCUCCGGCGCUGCCACAGCUGGUCCAAUGUGCCGUUUGCGCACUUGAAUUUUGUUCGACCUGCAAGGCCAACUGGCACCCUGGUCAAGCCUGCUCGGAGAACAACCUUCCCAUCACCUCUUUCCUGCCAGGAGAGAACAGCUCUUUCUAUAAAAAUGAUGAGGAUGAUGUACCCAUCAAGCGCUGUCCUAAAUGCAAAGUGUACAUCGAGAGAGACGAGGGCUGCGCACAGAUGAUGUGCAAGAACUGCAAACACGCCUUCUGUUGGUACUGCCUGGAAUCCCUCGAUGACGACUUCCUCCUGAUCCACUAUGACAAAGGGCCUUGUCGAAACAAACUGGGCCACUCCAGGGCAUCUGUUAUCUGGCACAGAACACAGGUGGUGGGGAUCUUUGCUGGGUUUGGCCUUCUCCUUCUGGUCGCCUCCCCCUUCCUCCUCCUGGCUACUCCCAUCGUCCUGUGCUGCAAGUGCAAGUGCAGUAAAGGCGACGACGACCCUUUGCCCACUUAAAUGCGCCCGCCGAGAGCAGAUUAUGUGGAAAGCCGGCCAAAGGAUAGCCCAUCUUCAUGUUGCCUCCCCUUCAUCUGAUUUCUUACGCUGUUUUUGUUGUCCUCCUCCCACCAGCUUUGAGUGGUUCAUAUUUUUGGGCUGAGCCUGCACGAAGCCCGGGCUGCUUUGGGAUCCAUCGCUCUGCAUGGUAGAUAAGCGAUCUGACAGUGUGGCCCUGAAGAGAGGGGGCCAGGGUCAAAUGACCCCCCACAGGUCAGAACUUUCAUAAGUUGGUAGUUUGGGGGGGAUCAGAUUGACACUGCUUGUAGUGCUUGGUGUUGGUGGAACAUCACAAACGCUAUGAGAUGCUGUCUCGUAUAGACAAAGAACUACUCCCGUUUUAUUGUUCUGACCUGAAGCCGCCCUCCGCUUCCCACCACCACACCUGAUGUAGCUCCCACAGGUUCAGUCUGGUAGCAUUAGAGGUGCACCACGCAUGUUUGGCGCUCACUUGAUUUGCACACAUCAAUAUGAUUUAUUAGUCAUGUUGGCGGCUGAUGUAGGGAGUGCUACGCUCAGCUUCGUACAAUGCCUCCCCUUCGAUGAUGUCAUUGUUUUAUACCCUCAUGCUUUUAAUAGAACUGAGUCACGUCUGCUGUACGUAUUGUCUUGUAUUUUUAAGCGUUUCCAAACCUUUAAGGAAUGUGUGUUUUUAAAGGGGCUCACCACUUCAAUGUGCAUAUUUGUCAUUGAGUGGCACUCCCCUUUAUCAAAUUCAGUGUCAACUCAAAUGCCAAUCGGAGAGAUUUCUUUCUUUUUUUUUUUUUUGUGAAAUCCCAAAUCCACAUUUCUCUCAGAGAUGUUGCUCCUUUAACACGCCGGCGCCCCAAGUGGUGGUUUAGCCAAAACAGAAACAGUAGCCUUAAGAUUGAGAAUAGCCAAAAGCAGCCAUUUCCCUCUGUGUGGUAAAUCCAAAUAUAUAAUCGCAGGGAAAACGUGUACAAAGAUCUUUCCAAGUGUCAAGCUUUGUGUUCUGCUGGUUCUAUGAUGUCAUUUAUAUGUCGCUCUGUUAAUAGCCAUACUUGUGUGUGUGUGUGGGUGGGUGGGGGUGGUCUAGAAUCUAGAAUCAAUGUUCUGUAUUAACAAGGGCCUUCCUUCAGUUCUACUUUUUAAGAGGAGGAGCACUGGUUCCAAUCCGUUUUAAGCAUCACAACACGCAAUCAGGUUUUCACCCGUGGAGAUUUAAUAGCCCAGAUUACAAACUUGCAUGUUAGUGGUCCGAGUGUUAAUGUUUUGUCUUGUUGGUAGUGAAACCUCCAGCAACAAGCAGCUACUCCCUCACCGGGAGCAAAUGAAGAGCCUGUACAGUUAAUGUGAGCAAAAGUUCCAUUUUAGGGAACUUUGCUGUGAAGCUGCCCCGAUGUAUCACUUUAUCUAUGCAAGUUUGUACAUCUCCUUUGUUGAAAUAUGCGCCAUUUGCUCUCUGACAAGUACAGUUCACCGCUAAACAACCAUUUGGCAUAUCGAUGUUUUUAUUUACAGGGAAUUGAUUUGAAUUACUGUAUUUCACCCCUAGCCCCCAGGAAAAAAGUAAAGGGUUGCACCAGUAAUUAUUAAUUAGGUAUACACACUACUUCAAGAGAAUAAAUGCCACCUGCUGAGAUGGAGUGUAAAUGUUGAACAUUUUAACCCAAAACUGAAUUUGCAUUAGGAUAAGACACCUAACAAAACAACAAUUGGACAUCUAACGACAAAAGCAAUAUUUAUCCAACAAUAGACCUCCCACAAAUGAAUAGAGGCCUUCUAUGUUCUGCAGUUUAAUAAACAAACAUCCCCAUCCACAAUAUGAGGAAAUACAAUUUGCUUUCUUAUAUAUGAAAUCAUCAUUCAUCACUUUAUGUCCAUUUAGUUUAUUAGUCAUAUUUGAACACUCCCAGUAAAGUGAUCCAAUCCAUAACAAGCAGGAUUUUAAAAGCUUUUUGACCAACGAUGUUCGCGUCACAGGCAUAUCUCGUAGUCCAACUCGUCACAAUUCUUAAAUGAUCAUCUCAAAACUUCCAGUCUUCUUCUACAUGAAGAAAGAAAAUAUAUUGACUUAUUCACUGGCUAAUCCCCAAGCCAUGAGCAUGCUAACAAAUAAAUAUUGGCCCAUCAAAUUUGAAUAAUUCAAAGUUAUCACCCCAAAACUCCUCGUUCCUAAGUAAUAAUCACUUUGCUGGGACUACUACCCCCAACCCCACACACACACACAUUGAAUUUUCAUUGUUAAUUUUAUAGUUUUUCCAAACAUACUCAAUUUCCACUGCUGCAUUACAGUAAUACACUUGUAUCUCAUGUAGCAUUCAGUUAAAAAAUGUCUAGUUACAGUACAUCAUCAAACAAAAAGCAGGUCACAUUUUUUCUAUCAGUAGCUCUGAAGUAGUAGUAUCAGUAGCUCCAACAUCUGCAGCGCUCACCCUCACAGAUCGAUCCAUCUUCAUGUUAGUCGCUUUAAUUUUGUGUAGCCCUUUUUGCAACAGUAUAUGAGCAUGAUUUACGACAGUUUGUGAAACCUUUUUCAACUGUCAAAUUGUGGUUUCUCCCCCUGAAGGUAAUUCAAUUCUGGAACUUUUAUAUAUAAAAAAAAGAAAGGAAGAAAAAUUGUAAAAACUUUUUUUUUUUCCAUGACAAUCGUGCCAAUCAGAUUUCCUAUAAAGAAGGGCAGGAGUUGUCGACUAUAUGUGCAUUUUAACUAUGUAUUUGUAAUGUAAUGCCAGUUUUUACAGGGUGGAAAUAUGUCAUGCUUCUUUAUUGUGAGCGCUGCACUGUACAUGGGGUUGAUUUUGCUCAUAUGGAGUCGUCAUUUGUGUGGUUCUGGUGCCUGGUCUGUUUCAUGGAGAUAGCUUUGAAAUGAUACUAUGUGUGUGUGUGUGUUUUUUUUGUGUUGCUUUUUUUUUUAUUACAACGUAUCAGGGCUAUUGAAACUAAAAAAAACGACAUUUUGGAUUUUUCAAAUACAAGAAUGUCACAUUAACAAGAUGAGCAGGCUCCAAGGAUGUCAUCAAAUCCUGGCCAUUCCCAUUGAUGUUUUUUUUUAAGUAUUACUCAUUCAUAAAUUACAUUUUUUUUAUUUACUUGCACAAUUACACAAUUGAAUAUGCAACCAAAACUAAAAAGGGCCAAACUCCACAAUCACACUCAUUAUGCCAAUCAGGACUUCUAGAAACUACCACAGGUGGGUUAGACACCAGCACAGGUGUUCAGUAUAGGGCUUGCUUCGUAUUGUUUGAAUGCAGAGUAAAUGUAAAAAUAUAUAUAUAUUAUUAAAAAAAAACGUAACAAGCAUUUUAAGCCCUCAGUAUGUAUUUUACAAUGUCGUGUCAUUGGAUGAAGCUGCAUGAUUUAUCGCUGAUGUCUAAUUACUUCAACCAUGUUUUGGUCUUAAAAAUAAACAUCUCCCAUAUUUUUGGUGGGCCUAUCGCCAUCCUGUAGUAAGACUCAGUCUGGGUUUUUUUUUUUUUUUUUUUUUU